AUGUCUUUACCCCUUCGACACCCCUUGGAUACUGCAGCAUCGUUAGAUAGGGUUCUGGAAGACCUUAUCGUGAGAUUCAUCAUCAAUUGUCCGCCGGAAGACUUUUCGUCGGUGGAAAGAGAGCUAUUUCACGUUGAAGAGGCGAACUGGUUCUACACGGAUUUUGUCAAAAUUUUGAACCCAAACUUGCCCAAUCUCAAGAUCAAAUCCUUUGCACAGCAUGUUAUUAGACUGUGCCCAAUGGUAUGGAAAUGGGACGUAAGAGCAGAACAGGCACUCCAAAAGUUCUCUCAGUACAAAAGAAGUAUACCUGUCCGCGGUGCCGCAAUUUUCAACAAAAACUUGACCAAACUGCUUCUAGUCAAAGGCACAGAAUCAGAUUCAUGGUCUUUCCCCAGGGGAAAAAUCUCGAAAGACGAAAAUGACGUGGAUUGUUGCGUUCGUGAGGUGCUUGAAGAGACGGGAUGCGACAUUUCCGAAUACAUUGAUGAAGAGGCCUUUAUCGAGCGUAAUAUUGGCGGCAAAAACUACAAGAUAUUUUUAGUGAGUGGGAUCCCCGAGGAUUUUAAGUUUGAGCCCAAAGUGCGCAACGAAAUUGAAAAAAUUCAAUGGCACGAUUUCAAAAAGUUGUCCCGGAAUUGCAACCCUAAAACGGCCCAAAUUAAAAUAUACCUGGUGAACAAUCUUAUGAGGCCUUUAGCUAUGUGGGUAAAGAGCAACCGCCAAAUUGACGACGACGAGAAGCUCAAGGCACACGUGGAGACGCAAUUGAAACUUCUGUUAGGUAUCAAGAAGGAAGAUACUCCUGACCCGGGCCGAGAACUACUGAACAUGCUUCAAAGCACUGUAUCCGCAGGCAAUGCACCCCCCAACCAAAGCCAAGAAUCAAGCCAAGUUCCCCUAAGUUAUAACACUUUCAAUUCUACGGGAGAAAGCCACAGCUCUGGCACCAAUGGUGCCACCACUCAGCCACCUAGCAUUCCAGCGCCUACUUUCGUUGGCCCACCCCCACAAUUUCAACAUAACUUCCCUUUCAUGGCGUUUCAGCCUUUUGCGCCGUUCCCUUUCACGAACGGUACUGGCGUACAUAUUGGAGGCGCUCCUGGUCCUGAAGUUUCAAGUUCCAGCUCUGAAAGCACACAACCUCCACCAACCCCAAAAAUAAAUGCCUUGGCCAAACCAACUGUGGUUGAGGAAGAAGAAUGUCAUGGGAAAGGUCUUCCACAAGUCGAAAACUCACAGCAUGCGUCAGCAAAGCAACUUUUGGAUAUCCUUCACAAAAAGGGUCCCAGUCAAGCAGUCCAUCCAAUACUAGAGCUAUCAGCGGACAACAUCACGAGCGCAAAAACUUUAUUGAAUUUACUGAAAACCCCACGUACAGAACAUUACGAGCGAGAGAAACUCGAAAAACUACAAUCUGAUCCGGUCAGCCUUGUGGCUAAACCUCAAACCAACAAACCAAUCGGCGGUCAAGCGUUACAAGCUUCUGUAACAAGCUCAUCAGAGACCGACGCCGAUGCUUCUGAGUACGAAGACUUUGAAAGUGGCUCCGAUAGCGAAUUGGAAGACAAUAUAGAAGAUGAUCAGGAAGAUCCACUGGAAUCAUUUUCUGCCAAGUAUGCGAGAGAUAACAAGCACCAGAGGCAAGCCCUGAAUGCUUCAAACAAAAACAUUUUUCGUCAAGACGAUAUAGACAUUUCAAACUGUUCCCAAACUUCAUCACCUGAGGUUGCCGACGGUAGAGUAUUGGAGGAAAUUACAAACAGACCAAUCCUUUCACCCACGCCAACCACUAAAGAUCAUAAUACUAAAAAACAAUUUAGUGGACCUGCGAGUCUGACUAUGGGAUCGCAGUCUGGAAGUCAGGAAGAUAAAAACCUGAAACUCCAAGGAAAACCAAAAUUCAAGUUGCUCAAGCGCGGCGAGAUUUUCAAUAGUGCGUCUGAAUCUUCUAAAGUCGAGAAGUCGCUAAAGGAAUCAGAUGCAACCUUCACAGGUACAAAGGAAGGAGAAAAGAUCUCUUCGAAUUUUUCAAAGGAUACUAAUAAAAGCCCCCUUAGCGGGUCCACUGGUGUCACUUUACAAUCUAAUGAUCACUCAUGCGCUAACGCAAAUAGCGGUUCUGCCACAAAUAAACAUACAGGCUCGGUGUCUUUGCUAGACCUACUGAAGAAUGGAAAAUCUGGGUUAGGUUCCACGCAAGCACCACCUCCGCCAAUUGCACAAGAGGCUGGCCUCGGUACCAGGCCGGAGCAAAAAAGAGUUGAUAGUGGAGGUAACGAAUUGCUCGAGAUGCUACACCGCUUUCCGUCUGCAAAGUCAGCGGACGCUUGUAGGGACGGAGCGCCAAGCAGUGCUGGUUCAUCGUCCUUCUCACCAGCUCAGACUUUUCAAAGCCCUGCCGAAAACCAUAAUGCAUCACAGCAACUUCUUUGUAUGCUCAAGAAGGCGUCAACGUAG